AUGCGACUGUUAGCUGUUGUCUUUCUACUGUAUUGUGCCAUCAUUUGUUUGGCAUCAUCAUCGAACACUGUGAAAUGUUACUGUACUGACGACCAUUGUGUACCGUAUGGUGCAUGUGAUGGUAUCGUAUGCCUUGUUGGAAUACUCAGGGACAGCAAUCAAGUGAUACGCACUUGUGGAACACGACCAUUAGGAUGUUAUAAGGAUGAAGACGACCGUUGGACAGAUUUAUGUGCAUGCGAUCAGCCUUUUUGUAACACAUUUUCCUACCUGAGAUCUCACACAAGGUAUGGUCUAAUGUUCAUCACUUAG